AUGUUCGGCCAAACAGCACUCUUCGCUCUAGCCCUCGCGGCACCAGCCCUCUCCCAAGUCACCGAAGGCUUCGAGAACGGCUGGGACCAAACCGCCUGGCCAACCUACGCCCCAGACUGCUCGCAAGGCGGAAAGGUCACCCUAGACAGCACGACCGCGCACACAGGCAAGAACAGCAUCCGCGUGGACGGCGCAGGAGGUUUCUGCGGCCACAUCUUCGUUGGCACGACUAAGAUUCCUGCUGGAGAUGUUUACGUACGGACAUACCUCAAAGCAUCCAAGCCCCUAACCGACUCCCACGUAACCUUCAUCACCAUGCCCGACUCCGCCCAAGGCGCAAAGAAACACCUCCGCAUAGGCGGCCAAUCCAAGAUCCUCAUGUACAACCGCGAAACCGACGACGCCACUCUCCCCGACCUCAGCCCACAAGGCAUUGCUUCCUCAAAGGCACUACCCACUAAUGCGUGGACGUGCUUCGAGUACCAUCUCGGCACCGAUGGCAGUGUGGAGACGUGGCUGAACAAUGCGACGAUCCCGGGACUGACGGUGGGCAACGGCGCGACGAACGCGAAUGCGGGGCAGUGGACGAGGAGUAGUGUCAAGCCGAAGAUUACGGGCGCGUACUUUGGGUGGGAGAGCUAUGGGGGCGAUACGAAUACGAUUUGGUAUGAUGAUGUUGUUGUUAGUGGGAAGAGGAUUGGGUGCUAG